CGCGCCUCUAUAUUGCAGGAAAAGAAAAAGAGCGAAAAAAUGUCAUUAGAAGAGGCGUAACCCGUCAGUGCGCGUUCCCAGGUCUGUUUCGUGAAGUGGCUGAAAGAGACCAGUCCUAACCUGCCCAUCAGGAAUAACGGUCCCUCAUCAUCAAGCUAUUUUCAAGGCUUAUUACCAGUUAUUUUCUUUGGAUCCACAACGCACCCCUUUAUCAUCUCUCUGUGACGUUCUGUCUUCCAACCAGCUGUUUAGAGGAUCACACUGACACUGAUAUCAACCGGAGCCUGCCUGUGCUGCUGACUGAAGGAGCCGAGCCCAUGCGGACUGUAAGCCAUCUGACCUAGCCUAAACUCUUAUCAAUGAAGCAGGAGAUCAUGGCGGAGGGUCCCCGGUGUAAGAGGCGAAAACAAUCCAACCCACAGAGAAAGAACGUGCUGACCUAUGAGAAUGUGGUGGAGAUGAGCUCUGAGACAGACGAGGAUGACAGGACGCUGCUCUCAGAGGAGAAUGGCCUGACCAAUGGGGAGGAGGGUGGUAGCCCUGCCGGAGCCAGCGUGCCUAACCUGGAGGCAUCACCCAGGGUGGGCCACGCCCUGCUGUCCUACAGGGGUGGAGCAGAGGGGUCAGAGGGCAGGGACGGGCGGCAGAGCCACCACCACGCCUGCCGCCUGGGAGACAACCAACACAGACACCUCAAUGGGACUGAUGAAAGGAAGGAUGAAUAUGAUCCCUUGGGGCCAGAGGGGUCUCUUCACUCUGUAGGAAGUGGUACAGUUAAUGGUAUGGAUGGGGUGUCAGAGCUUGACGACUACUUCACUAAGUGUAGUAAACUGGAGGAGAGUGACGGCCUCUCGGCCAGCAUCGCUGAAUACCUCCAGCGUGGCGACACCGCCAUCAUUUACCCAGAAGCCCCAGAGGAAGUGACACGACUCGGAACUCCCGAAACCAUUGGGCAAGACGAAAACGAAAACGAACUGUCACUGACUCCAGAUGCUUUCACCCAACUGUUGACCUGUCCUUACUGCGACCGGGGCUACAAGCGGCUGACAUCACUCAAGGAGCACAUCAAGUACCGCCAUGAGAAGAACAAGGAGAGCAUACCCUGCCCACUGUGCAGCGAGACCUUCUCACACCGAACACUGCUGGAGAGACAUAUGGCCAUGCACAAGCCAGGGAUCGAUCAGCCCCAGCUGCUGAGUGAAGGGGCCGGCAACCGCAAGUUCAAAUGCACCGAGUGUGGAAAAGCCUUCAAAUACAAGCAUCACUUGAAGGAGCAUCUUCGCAUUCACAGCGGCGAGAAACCAUACGAGUGCUCCAACUGCAAGAAGCGCUUCUCCCACUCCGGCUCCUACAGUUCCCACAUCAGCAGCAAGAAGUGUGUCGGUCUGUUCUCCGUCAAUGGACGAGUAAGUAAUGGAGGCAACGCCAAGGCUGGCUCCUCUCCUAACUCCACCGCCUCCUCCCCGGGAAGCCCCGCCCUGGCUCUGCUCCGCCACAAGCUGGAGAACGGCCGCCCCAUGGGGCUCCAAGACCAGCAGGGCCACCUGGACAUCAAGGCAGAGCCAAUGGACUUAAACGACUACCGGCUACUGAUGGCCUCCCAGUAUGGCGUCGGAGGACCAGGGGGCUACAUGAAUGGAGCCGGCCGAGGAGGCAGCCCCCUGGGGGUCCACAGCACAUCCCAGAGCCCCCUGCAGCACCUGGGUGGAAUGGGGUUGGACCUGCCCCUGCUGGGAUACGGGUCCCUGGGGAACAACCUGAGCGAGGUGCAGAAGGUCCUCCAGAUUGUGGACAACACGGUGUGUCGGCAGAAGAUGGAUGGGAACCCGGAGGAGAUCUCCAAGCUCAGGGCCUAUAUGAAGGAGCUGGGGGCUCAGAUGGAGGAGCAGAAGCUGGCCUUGUCCUCUUCGCGUGCCAGCUUCCAGGCGGUGGGCCACAGCAGCCCCACCAAGAGCAUUAUCGACUACACCCUGGAGAAGGUGAACGAGGCCAAGAGCCUGAUCGAUGACUCCAAGAGGCAGAUCAACAUGGACAUAAAGAAGGAGAGGCUCAACCACUCGACGGAUCAUGAGGACAAGUCGCACCACGCGAGCCACCAGGUUCCAUUCCUGCCGUUCUCCUGCCAGUUCUGCAAGGAGACCUUCCCAGGGCCCAUCCCACUGCACCAGCAUGAGCGCUACCUGUGUAAGAAGAACGAGGAGAUCAACCACCUCCAGCCCAGCGAGGACGUGUCUCUCAGCCACAGGGGAGUGUUCCCCUCAGACCAGCAGGCCGCCCUGCUGUCCUCUCUUUCAGAGAGGGGCGCCACCAGCCCCGCCAACCCCUUCAAGGACCACAUGUCAGUGCUCAAGGCCUACUUCGCCAUGAACACAGAACCCAACUCAGAGGAGUUGCUGAAGAUCUCCAUCGCAGUCGGCCUUCCGCAGGAGUUCGUCAAGGAGUGGUUCUCCCAGUGGAAGAAUCAGCAGCAACAACAACAACACAAUAAGGGCAAUGCCAACCCCAGGAAGCAGUCACCGCCGCCAGAGCGGAGCAGUGCAGAGGAGCGCAGGCACCACAGGCUAACCAGGUCACCAAUGUCCACGGCGCAACACAGGGACCGCAUCAUGGCACUCACUGAUUUACACGGUGGCAACACCAACGGUGACCGUGACGCUCUCCACAGACACUCAGAGGUCAACCAGUUUACAGCAAACAUGCAGACGGGUGACAAACCACUAGACCCCUUGAACCAGCUUAGAAGCAGAACUCCAUCCCCUCUAAAUCUCUCCUCCACUUCUUCUAAAAACUCCCAGAGCAGCUCGUACACUCCAAACAGCCUGGCCUCUGAAGGGGACGGCCAUGGGGGGGACGCACCAUUGGACCUUUCUCUGCCAAAACACAUGAUGAGCAAGAGCAUCUCACUGGGAGAAAAGAGGUCCAAACCAAACGGCUACAUCUCAGACUGCAACGGUGACCACCACCAUUCCAGCCGGGAGCAGGGUACUGAGCCCAUGGACUUGGCCCACAUCAAGAAGGAGUUCCUGGGCUCAGAGAGAGACAACAGAGGCAACCGCGGACACCAGACGGAGAAGAGUGCUAGCCCCAUCUUUGGCAUAAACCCCUUUGGUGGUGGUCACAUGUACACAUCUCUGCCCCCACAUGGAGUUCCCCCAACUAGCUUCAUGCAGGCCCAGGCCAGCAUCCCAGGCCUGAGGCCAUACCCAGGGCUGGAUCCAAUGAGCUUCCUACCCCACAUGGCCUACACUUAUGCAACUGGGGCGGCUACAUUCGCUGAAAUGCAACAGAGGUCGAGGAAGUACCAACGGAAACCAGGUUUCCAGGGGGAGCUAUUGGACGGAACUGUGGACUAUCUGUCAGGCCUUGAGGACCUGACAGACGAAUCACUCCUCUCCCGGAAGAAGAUUAAGAAGACAGAAAGUGGAAAGCGACCACACCAGUGCACGAUCUGUAAGAAGGCCUUCAAACAUAAGCACCACCUCAUCGAGCACUCGCGUCUGCACUCUGGCGAAAAGCCAUACCAAUGUGACAAGUGUGGCAAGCGCUUCUCUCACUCAGGCUCCUACUCCCAGCACAUGAACCACCGCUACUCCUACUGCAAGAGGGAGGCCGAAGAGAGGGAGGCAGCUGAGAGGGAGGCGGAGGAGAGGGAGGCCUGGGACAAGGGCCAGGGCCCCAUGGAGCCCACAGAGCUACUGAUGAGGAGGGCCUACCUACAGGGUCUGGGGCCGCUGGGCUACUCAGACCCCGAGGACCAGCUGGAGGACGGGGGCGACACCAUCCUGAGGGAUGGCACGGAAGGAGGGAUGAGGGGAGGACGAGGACAGAGGGAAGUGGACGAGACGUAUGAGGAGGUGACAGACAGACAAGAGGCGGGAAGUUUCAGGGAAGGAGAGGACGAGGGUGAAGGAAGGAUGGACACAGCGAGGGAUGACGAGGGGAAAGAUGCGGCGCAUUCGAUCGAUGACAGUUCAACAGAAGGGAAAAGAGACACCAAGUCAGACCAUUAGGAAGCAGACUAAAUCAAUUCUGCAGUCAGUCAAAAAAAAAUCUGGCAGAAAAUAUUUGUCAUGAUGGUUUGUUUCAUUUCCUUUUUCCAUUCUUCCAGCAAACAUGAAACUGGCUUUGUUUUCAGAAGGGCACUGCAGUGGCUAAGUCAAGCAACUGGUAGCUUCUCAAAAGCUCAUAAUGAUGGACUCAUGGAAUGUGGUGACUGACUGCCAACAUCAGAGUUGAGACGACAAACUGGGUGGGAUUAUUUAAGAAUCAACAUUAUGAUGUAAUAAUGAUUAUCAUUAUAAUAAACAAAUUAAAUUAAGCUGUCUUUAAUGUACAGUAUUAAAUAAGGCCUAAAAGCUGUGUGGUGCUAUAAUGUUGUUAACCCUUGUGUUUUAUUGUGUUCAUACCCCAAACCAGGAAAUUGCACUCUGCCCCUUUAAUCACUACAAAAACAAUAAAAAACUAUUUAAAAAACCCUAUGUAUAUUUAUACCGUGCUUGAAGACUUGGUAGCAGUCCGUCAGUGUUGUACUUUGUCUACUACUUACUGUGAUGUCCUUGGUUCUACCCUCCCUUUUGCUCGGCAAACUAACCACACCAUUUUUUGUCUUUAUGUGAAGGAAACUUUAAACCUGUGUGGUUUUGAUGUUGUGAGUCUUACAAUGGACUGGAAUGCAGUGACAGAAUGAAAUAGAGAAUUGUGAAAUACGAAGGGCUCCAUAUGACAGACAAGAGACUUAGUAGGUUUUAUUUUCUCAAGAGAAAGCCUUAUAUGCAAACCUUUUCACCUGUGCGUUUCUGCAAGUGCCAUCCCUGUACAGUGUAAAAAUCAGAGUUUACUUGUAUUAUCUUUGCUCUGGCUUCAGUAUUAAAUCAAUAUUUCACCUAGUUUUUCAAAGUACCUAUGUCAGUAUUAGCAUAGAUAGAGACAGCAGUUCGUUAGUUUACAUGUUUGUGCAAUUUUUUGUAUUUUUCAUUACCUUUUUUCAGUAUUACUUUUUGUUUUUCUAGAUUUUUUCCCCCAAGCAUAAAUUACAUUUCAAUCAAAUUUUAAGAUUACCAUUUUAUUUAUGUGACUCAUUUUAUAUUUCCUAAUUGUAUUUAUUUCAUACUGUAGUGUACAGUAUUAUAGUUCCUCAACAAAUAUAUUUUAGUAAAGGAUUCUGUCAUUGACUAUUGGAGAAAAUCAUGAAUAGAAAGCACUCUAAGGUAUUUUGAAAAACAGUCAUUGUUAAAAUUGUCAAUUUUCUUCUUAUCAUUUUAUUUCCUUUAAACUACUGGAAAUUCGAAAUUUGGGGAACUUUUGAUACAAUAUUGUGAAAACACUGUAUUUUUUGACAAUAAAAAUCAAUUUUAGUCAUCCAGGUAUAAAGAGAUUAAGAUAGAGGGGGUGUUGAUGAUGGAAAAUUCCUAAAAUGUCUUAAGUAGGCUAUUAUUGAAUUUUUUAUUUCUCUUGGAAAUGACCAUGCUCGAAUAAAUGUAGCCAAAAUAAAUUCGAAUAAAGCUGUGUUAUUCUUCUUGUA